CAAUGGUCCAUAGGGUAAACAAAUUUUUGCAGGGAAGUUGUAUUUUUUAUAUGCGGACCAACGAUUUGCAAUACUUUUAGAAAAAGGUUAUUUCCUGAAAACCACUUCCGUUUUCCAUAAUUGUUCAGAUAGUGAAUAAGCAAGACAACGCAUAGAGUAGUAUGCAUACAUACUUAUAUACGUACAUACAUACAUAUAUUCCAUGCAGUUCACCAUGAUGAGUAGUUUGACUACGUCGAAAGUAUGGUGCACUAGUGAAAGUUAAUAAUUUAGUGAAGAAAGUCAUGCAAUAUUCUCUUUACAUAUUCGUUUUAAUAUUUUGCACUCUUCAUGUGUUCCAUGGUACGGAAGCGAAAGAAAUAUUUUUCAAAGCCCUGUCCGAUAAUGAAGUGCUCAAUAGUACAAAGUUAUUCGUUUGCAAGAAAGCAGAUGACGUGAUUCCCGAUGGGAAAGAAAAUCUACAAACAAUUUCAACAGUGCUUUUGAAACGAGUACCAAGAUCUUUGUCAAAGCCGUUAAUAGUGGAAAUAUCCAAGACAAAAGUAGAAAACCAAAUACUGGAACCCAAGCUUCCCGAUAUCAAACCGAGGGAUUUAGUGUCAUUCGAUGCCCAAUUUAAGCCGUUAUCAAUGUCAAAUUCAGCGGGGCUAAAUCAGCAAAGCAUUUUGGCGUCUGUUAGGCAAACAAAUCAAUUAGUUCAGCAGAAACAGCAGAUACAUCCUACAAAAGAGCGUCAGAAAACACGAAUAAUGCACACGGUUAUUAUGAACAGAGCUAGUGAGCAUAGCACUUUUCAACAAGGUAGUAAUUAUAAAGUUCAUGUAGAGGACUGGCAAAGAUCCCGAGUCCGUCGUGAAAUAAGUGAUAAAGGUGAAGAUCAUCUAAAAUCUUCAGACACUCUCAAAAAAGCAAACUUUAAUAUUCAUAAAGGCAUUCUAUUGUUAAUACACCUGGAUAAUUUGUUGAAAAAUGCCAAUAUAUAUUUGCCUGAAGAAGAAAACUCGAGCAGCAGCAAUAUAAAUUACAGCAAUACCGACAAUGAAAAAGAAAUUAUUAAUUGCGUAUAUAACAAUACGAAGAGUUCUCCCAAACAUUAUAUUUUGAUGGAUACUAGAAAAUACCUUAUUAUGUUAUACAUAUACCAACGAAACGUAUUCCAUUAA